CUUGCUCUUCCGGCUAGCCUGCGUAACAAGCGUUCCCGUACAAAGCUAAAGCUUUUCCGCAUUCUGACCGCGCGUAAAUUGGAGCGAGAGCAAAAACUCGACGAAGCGGGGGAUGGUCGAGUUUUUGCUCUCGCUCGCAGGGUAUUUUCCGGCUGACUGACUCAAAUGAUGCAAUAGGCGAGCGGUCGCUCAGGACUCGUUACCAAUCCGCGCUUUAAAAUGGCGACUUCUUGUUCGAUGGGUUGUUGUGGCUGCAACGAGGAUUAAACAUGUGGUGAUUUCAGUCUUGCUUCCAGAUUGACUGCACUGAGAUUUGAAUACAGUCUCAAGAAACGAAUACAGAGGACGUUCUGCUGGACUUUACAAGAAGUACUCAGUAAUUAGGCCUACGAUCUAUGAAAUGAGGGCCCUGUCCAUGUUUGCAAGGUUACAUUUCUUACGACAUUGUCGUCUCUCUCCUUUGUUUUCUUCAUGCACUUUUAAAGAGUUCAAAAACUUGUCCCAGACUUCAUGGUCAUCACUCAAGGUUCUAAAACAAAGAGAAUUUCGCAGCUACUUUUUAAGACCAUCAGUUCACGACUUUUCUUCUCAACCGCGCCCGUCUGAAGAUGAUAUUAAACUCAACAAGGUAAUAUUGUCACUUAAAACAGUCAAAGAACAACUUGAGUUGUUUGGGAGUAUCAAGAGUUCAGCUAGCAUUGUGAACAGAGUGACCAUGCUUCAUAGCAUUGCCAAGAUCACCGGAAGAGAUGGAAAUCAGAGGCGGGUUUUGGAACAAGAAAAAGGCAAGUCAAGACAAGCGUUUAACAGUGCAUACCUGGCAUUGCUGGACAGCAUCUCCAAAGACAUUGCCAAAUGCAAACCCUGGGAUCUUGCAAAUGUGAUUUGGGCUUUGGGAAAAGUUCAAGAGAAAGAUCACGAGCUAGUUCAAGUUUGCGAGAGGGUGAUUCUGUCUCGUGACAUCACAGCCUUUGACAAGGUAAAUAUUACCCAGAUUGCAAAUGGAUGCAUAAACCUGGACUUGACAGCUACAGAAAUAUCUUUCACGUUACAAGAAUCCAUUCGUAACGGUCAGUUGAAAAUUGCUAACUUCGACAAUCAGUUACUUUCUUCCAUGUUGAUGUUGUUUGCCAAGUCAGAUGGCUGUGCUGUUGAACUGUUUGACAUUUUCUUGAAAGAAAUUCUAUCAAGAGACUUCUUGUUGAUGAGCAGCAGUGACUUGGCUCUCUUUGUGUGGUCCUUUGCUAAGAAGGAGUUGAAGGCAGACACGUUGUUUGACAAGGUGGAAGAAGAAAUUCUGAGACGAGGAACAGCUAACUUGAAGAGGCGUGAUAUAUUUCAGAUACUCUGGGCAUUUGGCAUGUCAAAGAAAGGGGGCAAGCAGCUAUUCAAUACUCUGGACAAUGACAUUGUCGUCAAAGGAAAAGAGGGAUUCAACAACGCGGAACUGUUACAAAUUGUUGGGUCGUUUGCUCGGAGAAAUAUAACAAAGGCCCAAGUGUUUGAUGUUGUCAAGGACGAGGUUUUCAACCGUGGUGUCGGCAAGUUUCAGUUUCAUGAGCUUGUUCUUAUUCUCCAUUCGUUUGUGUCAGCUCGAAGACAUGACAACAAGUUAGUUAACGAAAUUGAAUGUGAGUUGCAGUCAAGAGAUGCGAAACAAUUUUGCAAUGGUCAUUUAAGCCAAGUUGCUUGGUCUCUUGGAAGAGCAAGAAAGUCGGACAGUAAAAUGUUAAAUGUGAUUGAAGCAGAGGUUUUUAAACGUGGUUUGCACCAGUUUUCAAGGGUUCAAAAGUUCAUGCUUCUGCGAGGAUACAUUGAAGCCAAAAGGGGUAGUAGAAAAUUCUACGAAAGUUUGCAGUCUUCUUUGUUAACAAACGAUUUUUCGGAUUUAACAGCAAGGGACAUUUAUGACUUUGCUUGGUGUUUUUCUGAGGCUGGGGUUAAUACCGGGCCACUAUUUGACGCAUUAGAAAAGGAGAUUUUAAACAAAGGAAAUGACAUUUUCAGUAAUAUGCAGCUUUCUUCUAUAAAGAAGAGUUUUCAGAAAGUUGGAAAGGGAACCAAGGAACUUUUUAAAUUGUAAGUAUAGUGGACUGUAAUUAUUUUUAUUUCAAAGGGGCUGUGUCACGGCUGAGUUUAGUCAAUUACUCUCUGUGUAACUUAGUGUUAGCGAAUGCAUAAAUUACUUCUAUGGAUAUAAAUGACAAAAUCAUAUGUUCAUUGCAGCCAAAUAUGUCCGCCGAGAUUUAUAAUCAAAUUUCACAAGCAACAAAAUUAACUAUGAAAACUGUUCUCACUAUAAUGGCGGAGCGGGCAAGAUGAAAAAAAUCCUGUGCUGUGAUUGGCUACCCAAGCAGGCAAGAUGACGCUAUCUUGCC